CUGGCGCUCGGCCACAGCUGCAGAGUCGACAGCACUCAAGUCGAGGGGUCCCCGGCGGCUGGGGUGUUCUCUUCUGAGCCUCGAGUGGAUGUUGCUGUUGCAGCUGAGCUGCUGAACACUAAGAGUUCUCUUCUGCACACUGGCCACCAGCUGAGAUAAGAUGGAAGACUCCUACAAGGAUAGGACUUCACUGAUGAAGGGUGCCAAGGACAUUGCCAAAGAGGUGAAGAAGCAAACAGUGAAGAAGGUGAACCAGGCAGUAGACAGGGCCCAGGAUGAAUACACCCAGCGCUCCUAUAGUCGGUUCCAGGAUGAAGAGGACGAUGAUGACUACUAUCCACCAGGAGAAACUUACAGUGGAGAGGCCAAUGAUGAUGAGGGCUCAAGUGAGGCCACUGAAGGACAUGAUGAAGAGGAUGAGAUCUACGAAGGGGAAUACCAGGGCAUUCCCAGCAUGAACCAAGGGAAGGACAGCAUAGUGUCUGUGGGGCAGCCCAAGGCGGACAAGUACAAGGACUGCAGGGAUCUGGAGUCAGAGAGGAGAGCCGAUGAGGAAGAGCUGGCCCAGCAGUAUGAGCUGAUCAUCCAGGAAUGUGGCCAUGGCCGGUUCCAGUGGGCCCUCUUCUUCGUCCUGGGCAUGGCACUCAUGGCAGAUGGUGUGGAGGUGUUUGUGGUGGGCUUUGUGUUACCCAGUGCGGAGACUGACCUGUGCAUACCGAAUUCAGGAUCUGGAUGGCUAGGCAGCAUAGUGUACCUCGGGAUGAUGGUGGGGGCGUUCUUCUGGGGAGGACUGGCAGACAAAGUGGGAAGGAAACAGUCUCUUCUGAUUUGCAUGUCUGUCAACGGAUUCUUUGCCUUCCUUUCUUCAUUUGUCCAAGGUUAUGGCUUCUUUCUCUUCUGUCGUUUGCUUUCUGGAUUCGGGAUUGGAGGCGCCAUUCCCACUGUGUUCUCCUACUUUGCUGAAGUACUGGCCCGAGAGAAGCGGGGUGAGCACCUCAGCUGGCUCUGCAUGUUCUGGAUGAUCGGCGGCAUCUACGCCUCGGCCAUGGCCUGGGCCAUCAUCCCGCACUAUGGGUGGAGUUUCAGCAUGGGCUCAGCCUACCAGUUCCAUAGCUGGCGUGUGUUCGUCAUCGUCUGCGCACUCCCCUGCGUCUCCUCUGUGGUGGCCCUCACCUUCAUGCCUGAAAGCCCUCGGUUCUUGUUGGAGGUGGGAAAACAUGACGAAGCAUGGAUGAUUCUGAAGUUAAUUCAUGACACCAACAUGAGAGCUCGGGGCCAGCCAGAGAAGGUCUUCACGGUAAAUAAAAUCAAAACCCCUAAACAAAUAGAUGAGCUGAUUGAAAUUGAGAGUGACACGGGGACAUGGUACAGAAGGUGUUUUGUUCGGAUCCACACAGAACUAUACGGAAUUUGGUUGACUUUCAUGAGAUGCUUCAACUACCCAGUCAGGGACAAUACAAUAAAGCUUACGAUUGUUUGGUUCACUCUGUCUUUUGGGUACUAUGGAUUAUCAGUUUGGUUCCCUGAUGUCAUUAAACACCUGCAGUCCGAUGAAUAUGCGCUGCUAACUAGAAAUGUGCAAAAGGAUAAAUAUGCAAACUUCAGCAUUAACUUCACAAUGGAAAAUCAGAUUCAUACUGGAAUGGAAUACGACAACGGCAGAUUCCUUGGGGUCAAGUUCAAAUCCGUAACUUUCAAAGAUUCAGUAUUUAAGUCUUGCACCUUUGAUGAUGUGACUUCAGUCAACACCUACUUCAAGAACUGCACAUUUAUUGAUACCCUUUUUGAAAACACAGAUUUUGAGCCAUAUAAAUUCAUUGACAGUGAAUUUCGGAACUGCUCAUUUCUUCACAACAAGACAGGAUGCCAGAUUACUUUUGAUGAUGACUAUAGCGCCUACUGGAUUUAUUUUGUCAACUUCCUUGGGACGUUGGCGGUAUUACCUGGAAACAUUGUGUCUGCUCUCUUGAUGGACAGAAUUGGGCGAUUAACAAUGUUAGGUGGCUCCAUGGUGCUGUCGGGGAUCAGCUGCUUCUUCCUGUGGUUUGGCACCAGUGAGUCCAUGAUGAUAGGCAUGCUGUGUCUGUACAAUGGACUGACCAUCUCAGCAUGGAACUCUCUUGAUGUAGUCACAGUGGAACUGUACCCCACAGACCGGAGGGCGACAGGCUUCGGCUUCUUAAAUGCACUGUGCAAAGCAGCAGCUGUCCUGGGAAACUUAAUAUUCGGUUCCCUGGUCGGCAUCACCAAAGCAAUCCCUAUCCUGCUGGCUUCCACUGUGCUCGUGUGUGGAGGACUCGUGGGGCUACGCCUACCCGACACACGAACCCAGGUUCUGAUGUGAUGGAACAAAAGCCAUUCUUUCCAUUUCCUUCUCCCACUGUAGGUCAGUUCUGCCUGACUCAAACCUUGGAAGUUUUCAUGUAUAGAAAGGUGGCCGAGUAUCAGAACACAAACUUUUGCUGUGACUUAAAAUGUAGAUGCGUUUGUCUUGCCCCUCCAAUGUGACUUUGCACUGUUCGUUUUUCCUCAUGCAUUCUGUUUUCCUAACUGUGUUGCUACUGCCUCCCAACACAUCUGUGGAAAGUGUUUCUCAACAGUCCCAGUCAGCCAGACUCAGAUUCUGCUCAUUGAAGCUGAGAAGCUAAAAAAGAUUGUAAUGUAAGAAACAGACCCUGCUGGUGCACCAUUAACAGGAAGUAUAAGUUGGCAUAAUUGAGUUUGUGCUGAGGAAAGGGAGUCCUUUUUUUUCAGGCAGAGUGAUAUUUCCUGUUUACUUAGAAAAGGACACCCAGCCCUUCUCACUGUGACAACAGGGCCUUUCAAAGAAAACCAUGUGGUAGCAAAUAUGCCUGGGUGGGGCUCUUCCAGCAUGACAAUUAAGGUGACUCUGCUAACGAGAAAAAUGAAGUCUGUCCCCAGGUGACAGCAAAAAUCUGCUUGAGCUGCAGAUACCAGAUUUUGAAAGAAAGCCCAACAAAACUGACAAAGUGAGGGCUCUGGCCGUUACAGUGUCUGUGAGUAUGGCAUGCAGAUCACCUAUUUCAAAACCAGAGAUCAGAGAUCUCUGUCUCUUUCUGCUCUUCCCCCUCAAGCUGCCCCAGAACUUGCCAGAUAGCAGAUGCAGGGAAAGAAAGCCACUUCUUUAAAAACUGUAUCUGCCUGUUAAUCCACUGCUCCUGCCUAACCCCUGCUCCAGAACUUGGCGUAUCUGAAUUGUUGGAAAUUCCUAAUUCGAAAGAAUUGUACAACCAAAGCCAUUUAGAGAUGCAAAACGGCACCUCUUCCUGUGCUGUUUCUUGAGGGACAAAACCCCACCCAGCCUCUUUGGUGAACUGUCAUUCCCUUUCCAAGCUGGUAUUUCCAUAGGUCCUGUCCCUCCAACUUCCCUGGGUUAUGGGUUCCCAGCCUAGCCUCUGGAUGGGUUCCGAGCCUGCAUGCACUCCCAAGCACCCCUCUGGCAGAAAGUUCAGCAUAUCCUGGUGGCUGUUUGCCUGUUUUACCUUUGGAAACUUUCUGGGCAGGGAAGUGAGAGGUCAGCAGGACGUUUCCAUGGACCAGCAGACAGCAAUAUCUUCUGGUUUCCCACUGGCUGCCCCUCCCCGCAGGCCCAUCCUUUUAACACAUCUUUGAAAUCUGAAGCUUCCUUAUAGAUUUGCAGCCUGUAACAUCAGGCAGAAUAAAUCUAAUGUUUAAAUGAUAUUCCCUUUUUAACUCUGGGUUUUCUUAAAGGGUGAUUCUUUUAUUUUAAGCAUUUCCAGCAGGGCCACAGCCCUGGGGCCUCCAGAAAGAGCAAGCUUUUGUUUCCACUAAUCAUUAUGUUCAGCGAUGUCCCAGCCCCCUGGAGGCCCCUCUGCUUCCCCUCCCCCAUCAUACCCCAUGAUCCCUCCUGGAGCUCGGAUUUUGUGAAAAGCUCUUUGAUUAACAUAAACCAUUAAUCCACUGUCCGCACCAAGUCAUUUAGGCCUGGUAGAGGGCACAGCCUAGAGUUAGGAUGGGAGGGGAGAAUGGCAGGAAGAGGGUGGUUCCCUGGGGAUAUACAGGUACUCAGGGCCAGAACAUCAAGGAUAUCAGAAUAAAAUCUACAAAGUUGUCCAAAAGAAGGAAAAUCAAUAAAGACUAGGCAUGAUUGAAUCAAAAGAUACCAGCAAAGCAGGGAAGAAAACACAGUUUACUCUCACUCCUACCUCCUUUCAUAGCCUGGAAAACAAAGACUGCAUUUAAAAACCCAAGAAAGUACCUUGCAUAUUAUUCUUUUUCCAUAUGACACAGUGUUUCUCCCUGUCUGCCCCUGAACUUGUUUAGGCACCAGAGCAGAUCUUUUGGAUGAAUGAGGCAUGCACAGAAAUCACUACAAAAGGAAGAUCCAAAUCUCCAUCUGCCCAUCCAAAAGAGAAAAACAGACGUACAAGAGUGUUGCUUUCUCCAGUCUGGAGUGGUGGUGAACUUACAGGACUAGCAUUAGUUCUUAGAAUGCCUCUAUUCUCUGCUCUACAGUCUAGCUGCAUAAAAUCUCCCAAACUACAAGGCAGUUAUUCAAAAUUGUAUCUGGAUGCUGGGUUGGGUCAGCAUGAACCUGCUUCCUAAGAUCUUCCACCAGGUGUCCCCUUCAGAAGGACCAUUCUUAGCUUCCAGUCACCUACUCAAGCCUCCUAGGUGGCCCAAGAAGGAUCUCUCCUAAUCUUCUGGACAGUCUCUGGUCACAAACCUUCUCGGUCACCACCUUUUCUACCUUCUGUGCGUUUUCCUCUGCCUCCUUCAUUGUGAAUCACCUUUAUUGUCCAUGAUGAGUUCAAAUUGUUUCCCAAAUAUGCGGCAUGGCUUGUUCAGGUUUAGCUAGAGAUUAAAGAGAAGCAGGCACCGGGGCAGGCAACUACCAACCCAUUUCAUCUACAGGAGAAGGAACUGAAAGUUGGUACAAAACUGAAAGCUAAGCAAACAGCCCUGGUGGCACCUCUAUGUCCAAGUCUCUUCUAACUAAAAUUUCCACAUUGGUCUUUGGAAUCAGUCCAGAAUGCUCCAGAGUCUUGUCACUGAAUCUUCUCAUCUUUACCAUAGGCAUUAAAGCAGACAGCCUUUAAGGCCACUCAGUCCUGCUGUCUGAUUCCUCUCACACCUGAGUACUGACCCAAAAGACAAGAUCUCUGAGUCUCAGCCCCAAGCUCCAAGCAGCCAUGAGCCCAGAUCUUGCUGAGAAUGUACUUGUUCUUAGCCAAAAGGCCAAGAAUUAAGUCACUGGACUUAGCGGUCCUCAGUUUCCCCAUCUGUAGAGUAAAAUAAUUUAUUCUCUAAGAUACCAUAGGAAAUAAAUAGCUUCAUCUUGUCUAUCUUCUGAUACUAUGCUCAUCUUUACAAUAUAUUCAAAAAUUGGGAAGUAUAUAAAGUAUACAAAAAUUAUACAAAGAGGACAGGAAUUUCUUGAGAAAACCUUGUAGUAUAAGCCAUUACAAUUCUCAUGUUGUCUGUGCUGCCCAUUCUUGGGGUUUAUCAUUGCCCAUCCAGAAAAUGGGCUACCCUGGCAGAUACCCUGCAGUUAGAAGACUGCCCGAUGGAAGUAGUCCCACAUCCUUCAGCCCUAUAAAAUCAUGUCCACUGUCUUCUUGAAAGGUUGCCUUAAGUAGACAUAGGCUACCAGGACCAGUGUUUCUCAGUGGAACACUAAAUUGGCAGAUGGUCCUUUAUUUACAAAUCCCACUGAAUUAGAGUUCAAGUUUUCACCCAAAACUCAUUUUCUGUUUUUCAGAAUGUCUUAGGAGAUCAAAGUGGGGGUGGGGAAAGAACUUUGGUGACCAAGGGAGAGUUCCGGAUACCGUUGAUAAAGUUCCAAUGAUGAGAUUCACAUACCUGGGGGACAUUCUAAACUCUAGUCAUGUCCGAACACAUUGCAUGGGAAUAUUUCUGAUUUCUUCUGCCAACCAAAAUAGAAUAUGAUACUCUCCAAUUUGUUUCUAUUUUAUAACAGAAUGACUUUUACAUACCUGUUUAAACACAAAAGGCUUUGAAACCAGGAAUACCUGAAUUUGACCUUUACCUGGAAUCAUAGACAACUGACAUGUUGUCUGAGGCCUGGUGGUUGUAUAUUACGUUUCCCUUAAAUUCUCAUAUUUGCCAAAUUUAGUCUAGCUAUCAACUACCUACCCACAAAAAGUCACAUUGAGGCAACAAAAAGAAAUCUGCACAGUAGAGUGUCUAAAGUGGACGAUGUACUUCUUCCCAUUUCUGUUGUACCAUACGAAGUGUAUUUUAGGUAAAAAUUUCUCUUGUAAGCCGGGUACAGUGGCGCACGCCUUUAGUCCCAGCACUCAGGAGGCAGAGGCAGGCGGAUCUCUGUGA